AGUUUGGAGUCAGUGCCAAGUUUUCUCCGUCCGUUGUCUCGGCAGUCCACCGUGAAAAAGCUAGCUCGAUGGUCAACAGUGCUACCUGCCAGUGUGAAAAGUGCCAGUUGAAAUCCAAAAUGGGUGACGAAGAAUAUCAAGUUUUUACCAGAAUGGAAGAUAUCACGGAGCAAGACGACAAGCUUCUAGCAGGCGCUAGAAAGGAAAUAAGGAACGAAUUGACUGUUAUAAUUCCUGAAAAUCCGUUCCCAGAAAUAGAAGUUGACGCUUAUCCACCUCUAAAAUUCUCCUGGGUUAUACCGAAAAAGCUCGCAGCCAUGGCCUUCCCGAGAAACAAAGAAAACAUAAAGUAUUUGACCAAUCAAGGUAUAACGCACCUGGUAACACUGACGGCGGGGAAGAAACCCCCGGUGGAAGGGUUUUCGCGGAUACGGUGGUCGGAAAUACCGGUCGAGGAGUUCGAGGUGCCCUCGUUGGAGCAGAUUAAGAAAUUUAUCGAUGUUUGCAAAAGGGCUGAUAAAAAUGGCGAGGUGAUAGGCGUGCACUGCCGGCAAGGCCGCAGCCGCUCGGGUAUCAUGCUGGCCGCCUACCUCGUGCACUUCCAUCGGUUCCUGCCCGAUCAGGCGCUCAAUACCAUCCGGAUGAUCCGCCCAGGCUCCUGUGACUUCGCAGAGCACGAAGAGGCGGUGGGCCAAUACUUCAUGUACCUGACGGAGGACAACCCGCUCAAAUUCGGCGUGUCGGGCGACGUGAUGGAGGACUUCAUACAAGCUGCUAAAGAAUGCAACAAGAAUAACAUCCAAUAAGUGUUUUUUUGCAAAAGUAAUGAACUGUUUGUGGUUGUAAAGUCAUCCAAUUCGAGGCCUACAUCGAAUCAUCAAGACAGCCCUUACUUUUUGUCUUGGCUGAAAGCUCCGAAAAAUGAGUACCACUCAUUAAUAAGUUUAACAAAUAUGGGAAGGUAUAUAGGAGUUCAGUUUUUUUUCGAUUGUAUUCUAAGCAAAAUGUGAAAUAUACACCUAUGACGCUUACACAUCACGCUUGAUUCGAAACCAAACCAGACAUAUGAAUUUCAUAUUGAGCGAACUGUGUAAGUACGGGCUUUGCUCGAUUUAAUUUAAUAUAAGUGUAAGCCUGUGAUCAAAGAUAUCGACUGAUUUGAUUGAUUGUUUGUGAAUGUUAUUUGUUGUACCUGAAACUUAACAUUAAAUGGUUAUAAUCAA